GGCCCCGCCCGGCCGCCGCCCGUUGCCAUGGAGACUGCAUCCACAGGGGCAGUAGAUGUCUCCAGUGCCAUAGAUCAUCCCUUUUCAACAGCAUCCAAAGGUGGGGAAAAAGCGUGUUACACGUCUCUGAUUUCCGACAUCUGUUACCCACCUCAGGAGGAGUCUACAUAUUUCACAGGAAUUCUUCAAAAGGAAAAUGGCCACGUCGCCACGUCAGAGACCCCUGAGGAACUGAGCACCCCCGGGCCCUCCUUACCAGAUGUGCCUGGGACAGAGCCUCAUGGCUUAUUUAGUUCUGAUUCUGGAAUAGAGAUGACUCCUGCAGAGUCCAUCGAAGUGAGCAAGAUCCUAGCAGACCCCCUGGACCAGAUGAAAGCAGAAGCCUACAAAUACAUUGACAUAACCAGGCCAGAGGAGGUGAAAUAUCAGGAGCAGAGUCACCCCAAGUUGGAAGAGAAAGACUUGGAUUUUAAGAAUAAGGACACUGAAAUUGCAACAAAAUCCGAAAAGGUCUGUGAACCAGAGAAACCAGUUCCUGUGGAGGGAAGAAUCCUCAAGGACCAUUUAUUUGAAGAAUCGACAUUUGCACCUUAUGUAGAUGAUCUCUCUGAAGAGCAGCACAGGGCGCCUCUGAUCACUGCCCCUGUCAAAAUCACACUGACUGAGAUUGAGCCUUCUGUUGAAACUGCUACCCAAGAGAAAACCCCCGAAAAGCAAGACAUCUGUCUGAAACCAAGUCCUGAUACUGUCCCAACUGUCACUGUCUCAGAGCCUGAAGAUGACAGCCCAGGAUCCAUCACUCCUCCAUCUUCUGGAACAGAACCAUCUGCUGCAGAAUCCCAGGGGAAAUGCAGCAUCUCGGAGGAUGAGCUGAUCACUGCCAUUAAAGAAGCAAAGGGAUUAUCAUAUGAAACAGCCGAGAGCCCACGGCCAGCAGGCCAGGUGGCCGACAGGCCCGAGGUGAAGGCCAGGUCCGGGCUGCCGACCAUCCCCAGUCCCCUGGACCACGAGGCCAGCAGCGCGGAGUCAGGGGACUCGGAGAUUGAGCUCGUGUCCGAGGACCCGCUGGCUACUGAGGAUGCGCUUACCUCUGGCUAUGUGACCUUCGGCCACGUGGGCGGCCCACCGCCCUCGCCAGCCUCACCGUCCAUCCAGUACAGCAUCCUGAGGGAGGAGCGCGAGGCUGAGCUGGACAGCGAGCUCAUCAUCGAAUCGUGCGAUGCGUCCUCGGCCUCGGAGGAGAGCCCCAAGCGGGAGCAGGACUCACCCUCGAUGAAGCCAGGCGCCCUGGACGCCAUCCGGGAGGAGCCUGGCGCCAGGGCUGAGGAGCGCGCACCUAGCAGGCGGGGCCUGGCCGAGCAGGGCCCCUUCCUCAAGUUCCCCUCGCCUCCCCCGCAAACUGGUCCUGAGCUGCCCUCUGGAGAUGGAGCCACGGCACCCGAGGAGCCCGCAGGGCUUCAGAAACCUGCAGAGAGUUCCAGCGAAAGCUCCACGGCCACAAAGGUCCCUGGACCACAAAGUCCUGGCGUCGCGCCCCCUCUGCCGUUUCUCAAUAAGCAAAAAGCUAUUGACCUGCUGUACUGGCGAGACAUCAAGCAGACUGGGAUCGUGUUUGGGAGCUUCCUACUGCUGCUCUUUUCCCUGACCCAGUUCAGCGUAUCCGUGGCCUACUUGGCCCUGGCCGCGCUCUCGGCCACCAUCAGUUUCCGCAUCUACAAGUCUGUUUUACAAGCUGUGCAGAAAACCGACGAGGGCCACCCUUUCAAGACCUACUUGGAGCUCGAGAUCACCCUUUCUCAAGAGCAGAUUCAGAAGUACACGGACUGCCUGCAGUUCUAUGUGAACAACACACUUAAAGAACUGAGGAGGCUCUUCCUCGUCCAGGACCUGGUGGAUUCCUUAAAAUUUGCAGUCUUGAUGUGGCUCCUGACUUACGUUGGCGCUCUCUUCAAUGGCCUGACCCUGCUGCUCAUGGCUGUGGUUUCAAUGUUUACUCUACCUGUAGUGUAUGUUAAGCACCAGGCACAGAUUGACCAAUACCUGGGACUUGUGAGGACUCACAUAAAUGCUGUUGUGGCAAAGAUUCAGGCUAAAAUCCCAGGUGCUAAAAGGCACGCUGAGUAAAUCGAUAUCUCAUCGGGACUGGAAACAAAUAGGAAUGUCUGCAGUGGUAACAGCUCUGUUCUUACAUGUCACAGCAAAUCGAUUGUUUCUCCCCCAGUACCAUAAUCUUAGAGACAAACUUUAAAACAGCUGUUUUUACGCUGUUCCUGUACUCUUAGGAUAUUUGAGUCACUUGUGUCAAGCACUAAAGUAUAGAGAAAAGUGUAUUAGAUGUGGUUUUUAAUUUUGUGUUACUAAAAAAGUGCAUGAUGGCGAGAGCCUAAGUUAUCUUUCCUCCCUCAAUGUUCUUCUCUCUGCAAUGCUUCUGUAGCUUUUAAUGUCCCCUGUGGCUAGGCCUUU